AUGCCUAUGGAGAAGGACGCUGACGGUUUCUACACCCCUGCAGCACCAGACGCUUCGAAGGACGCGAAGGAUGAGCCGAAGCCAGAUGAGACCAAGGGGAAAGAUCCCGAGCCGUCUGUGACGGAUCUUAUCAAGUCUGAUUACGAUGUCUUGGUCACGCUCGCGGACCAGCAACAAGACCCCAACUCCCCGCUCUUCUCGGUGAAGACAUUUGAGGAGCUUGGUCUACACGAGGAUCUGCUCAAGGGUAUCUACGACAUGAAGUUCACGAAACCAUCCAAGAUCCAGGAACGUGCGUUGCCAUUAUUGUUGAAGGACCCGCCUCAGAACUUCAUCGGCCAAUCCCAGUCUGGGACAGGCAAGACUGCCGCCUUCGUCCUGACCAUGCUCUCCCGCGUCGACUUCUCACUCCAAAAGCCCCAAGCACUAUGCCUUGCACCCUCUCGCGAACUUGCGCGUCAAAUCAUGACGGUCGUGACGGCCAUGGGCAAGUUCACGCCCGUGCAGACCGAGUUUGCGAUCAAGGAGUUUUUGCCCAAGGACGCCACGAAUGUCACUGCACAGAUCAUCGUGGGCACUCCUGGAACGAUGAACGAUCUUGUGAGGAGAAGGGUCAUCGACACGAAGCACGUGAAGGUGUUUGUUUUGGACGAGGCGGACCAGAUGUUGGAUCAGGGUGGACUCGGUGACCAGACUACGCGUCUGAAGAACGGACUGAAGGGCAACAAGGACGUUCAAUACGUUCUCUUCUCUGCGACAUUCCCCGAACACGUCCAUCGCUUUGCCCAAAACUUCGCCCCGAACGCCAACUUGAUUCAGCUCAAACGUAAUGAGGUUUCUGUCGACUCGAUUCGCCAACUCUACAUGGACUGCAAAACCGAAGACAAGAAGUACGACGUUUUGGUAUCGCUCUACAAGUGCCUCACCAUCGGCCAAUCCAUCAUCUUCUGCAUGUCCCGCAACACGGCCGACGAGAUCGCGAGGAGGAUGAUCGCGGACGGGCAUCAUGUCGCGUCGUUGCACGGCGCCAAAGACGCGCAUGAGCGUGACAACAUCAUCGACCGGUUCAGGGCGGGACAGGACAAGGUCCUCAUUACGACAAACGUUAUUGCCCGCGGAAUCGAUAUUCCGCAGGUCAACAUGGUUGUCAACUAUGAUCUGCCGCUUAUGUUGGACCGGAGCGAUGCGAGGCACAAGAGCGACGCGAAGGUGGACGUUGAGACGUAUAUCCAUCGUAUCGGUCGUACGGGCCGCUUCGGACGCAAGGGUAUUGCCGUCAACUUCGUGCACAACGAUAAGACGUGGCGACAGGUGCAGGAGAUCGAGGCUGAGACGCAUAGGCCAAUUCCUUGUAUCAAGUCUGACGACGUCGACGAGAUGGAGGAGUCCUUGAAGAAGUUGUUGAAGAAUUAA